AUGCACUCAGCAAGCGCUCUCGGGGACUUUUGCAAAGAAUUUAAAGGUAGACUAGCCACGAAGAUCAUCCACGCCGAUCUAGACCUUCUGAAGCCGCUGGUGGUUGAGGACGGUAUCAAUCUCAAAAUUAUCCACCUUGUUCGUGAUCCCCGUGGAGCUGCCUCGUCCAGAAUAAACUACCUGAACGGCUAUUAUCCGCGAAAUGCGGCUAAAGCACGGCCUUUCUUCCCGAACUUGGGCCGCCUUAAACCGCUUGGUCUUCUUGAUGAUAUCCCAGAGUACAUGCUCCCAAUUGAAGAGAUUAACGAUAACAAUCCUACAGUUCAAGGGUUGUGCCAGUGGAUCAGGGAGAAUACGAAGAGAUCUUCCGACCCAUUGCCUCCAUGGUUACAAGGACGAUACCAUCUUGUUAUUUACGAGGACUUCGCCAAAGCCCCUUUGACAGAGGCUAACAAAAUUUACAACUUUAUCGGGAUGCCACUCAAACCAGAACUCAAGAAGUUUGUCCACGGCAUGACUCAUUCAAACUCCAGCGACACAUCUUUAUUUUCAACUUCAAAGGAUGCGCACAAAACAGCCAAUAAGUGGAUGAAGUACUUGACAGUUAUGGAAGAGAGACAAAUCUUAAAGGAGUGCCUGGAUGUCCUGCAACUCCUGGGAUACGAACCGAAUUACACCAAGAUACUUCCAGAGAGUUGA